AUGGAACUUGACUUCUGGAGGGGUCCCUCAUAUGUUGACAGACCUGUUGAUGUGAUGAUUCCGCCACAACUCAACCAUACGUUUGAUAAGAUUUUUGAGGACAAAUUACUGCAAAGAACUGUUUUGAUUGAAGAUUUGGAAAAUGACUUAAUAGAGGACAGAGCGGCUCGACCUUCGUUGAAGCCAAAGCCCCAGAGACAGGAUAUUGUUGAAAGACAUUUCGAUGAAUAUCAAAGACUUCCCAAAAUUCACUCAUUUUUAGAUACGAUUGUAUCCAAAAAUACGGGCAUCGCAUCGGUUGAGACAAUCGGGACCUCCUAUGAGGGCCGACCCAUCAAAAUCAUUCGCAUCGGCGACGGGAAUGAGAAGAAAAAUAAACCAAUUAUUUUCAUUGAAUCUGGAAUUCACGCCCGAGAGUGGAUAUCUCCGGCCACUACUCAGUGUUUCGGCCAAUACCUGGUCCAGGGAUACAAAGCCCGAAACUCGGACAUCACUGCUUUGCUUCAGAAAUUUGAUUUUUAUAUUCUUCCAGUUCUCAACCCCGACGGCUAUGAACACACGCAUACCAGGGAUAGGAUGUGGAGGAAGACUAGAAAACCAUACGGCAAUUGCAUGGGAGCCGAUCCCAACAGAAACUUUGGCUAUCAAUGGGGAGGACAGGGGGCCUCAACUAAUCCAUGCUCUGAGACAUACAGAGGUCCGUCUGCUUUCUCUGAACCCGAGACUAAAGCGGUUUCCGAUUAUGUCCUCCGCAAUAAAGACCGGAUAAAGGCUUAUUUGGCCGUUCAUUCAUACGGACAAUACUUUCUCUAUCCAUGGGGUUGGACAAAUACAUUGACUCCCGAUGACAAACAUUUGGUAAACUGGGCGUAUGGAAGCGCUCACAUAAAAUAUUCCUAUACCGUGGAGUUGAGAGACACAGGAAGUUAUGGUUUCGCACUCCCGAAGUCACACAUCAGACCCGUGUGCGAAGAAACCACUGUUGCUUUCAUUGCAUUCGCGAAGGAAUUGGCGAAAGAAGUCUAA